CAGCUGUGCCAGUCCCUGCAGGCUUGUCUCUCUAGUACACACACACACACACACACACACACACACAGGUCUCCUGGCAGUGCCAGCAAAGAGCGUGAAUCGUCACUCGCUCCCACAGCGUCCUCUGCCUCCUCUCUUUUUCCUAGUCGACACGACACAAAUUACAAACGGUUGUUUUCUCAGCAAUCUCUGGAUCGAAAUUACGUCUGUAACAACGAGGGAUGCUUGCAGAGCACCGGGAGAACAGUAGGGCUGGCUUCGGCCUCAAGAAGCCUCUAAGGAUGAAUAUGGUGAAGAGGAUCAUGGGGAGGCCGCGGCAGGAUGAGUGCAGCCCGCAGGACAACGCGCUGGGACUCAUGCACCUGCGCCGCCUCUUCUCCGAGCUCUGCCACCCGCCGCGCCAUAUGACACAAAAGGAGCAGGAGGAGAAGCUCUACAUGAUGCUGCCUGUUUUCAACCGGGUGUUUGGGAACGCUCCACCGAGCUCCAUGAAUGAGAAGUUUUCAGACCUACUGCAGUUCACUACGCAAGUGUCCAGGUUGAUGGUGACUGAGAUCAGACGGAGAGCGUCUAAUAAAUCAACAGAGGCGGCCAGCAGAGCCAUUGUCCAGUUUCUGGAGGUAAAUCAGAGCGAGGAGGCGAGCCGUGGCUGGAUGCUUCUGAACACCAUCAACCUGCUGGCCUCCUCAGGACAGAAAACUGUGGACUGUAUGACCACCAUGUCGGUGCCCUCGACGCUGGUCAAAUGCCUAUAUUUGUUUUUUGACCUGCCCCACAUGCCCGAGGUUCCUGCCGCUACCCAGACCGAGCUUCCUCUAGGCGACCGCAGAGCUCUUCUACAGAAAGUCUUUGUCCAGAUCUUAGUGAAGCUGUGCAGUUUCGUGUCUCCGGCAGAGGAGCUGGCCCAGAAGGAUGAUCUACAGCUGCUCUUCAGUGCCAUCACCUCCUGGUGUCCCCCCCACAACCUACCCUGGAGGAAGAGCGCGGGAGAGGUGCUCACCACCAUCUCCAGACACGGCCUCAGCGUCAAUGUCGUCAAGUACAUCCACGAGAAAGAGUGCUUGUCGACGUGCAUCCAGAACAUGCAGCAGUCAGAUGACCUUUCUCCUCUGGAGAUUGUGGAGAUGUUUGCUGGGCUUUCCUGUUUCUUGAAGGACUCCAGUGAUGUCUCUCAGAUACUGCUGGAUGACUUCCGCAUGUGUCAGGGCUACACCUUCCUCAUAGAUCUUAUGAUCAGGUUGGAGCAGGCCAAAGAGGAUGAAGCCAAAGAUGCUCUAAAGGACCUGGUGAACCUGGUGACCGCUCUGACCACGUACGGUGUCAGUGAGCUGAAGCCAGCUGGUCUCACCACCGGAGCACCCUUCCUGCUUCCAGGCUUUGUGGUUCCACAGCCUUCUGGGAAAGGUUAG